UGAGUAGCACCACAUGCCUUAGGCUAUAAAUCUGGGGUGACCCAUCUUCAGACUGAGCCGAAGGACUUACUAGGUAAGAGGGAUCCCAGAAGCGGACAAGCAUGCCGGCAAAACCAGCCCCGAUAAAGAAGUCGGCUAAGGCCGCCAAGAAGGAGGAACCGGCACCCGCACCCGAACCAGCGCCCGAGCCCGCUCCCGCCCCCGCUGAACCAGCCCCCGCCGAAGCCGCUCCAGCGGAGGAAGCCCCAGCUGAAGGAAAACCGGCGGAGGCACCUCCUGCUGAGGCACCUCCUGCUGAAGCUCCUCCUGCUGAAGCCCCACCAGCCGAACCCGCUGCAGCUGAUGCUGAAGCUCCACCUGCUGAGGAAAUCAAAGCACCUACACCUCCUCCACCUGCAGAGCCCACCAGCGAGCCUCUCGAGCUCGGCGUUGAGGAUGUCAAUGACACUUCUGUCACUAUCUCAUGGAGACCACCAGCCACCAUUGGAAACUCUGGUCUGGAUGGAUACACUGUGGAAAUCUGCAAGGAAGGAACUGGUGACUGGAAAGUCGCUAACGAGGAGCUGACUGUGUCCUGCCGUUACAUCAUUAAGAACCAGACCACCGGUGACCACCUGAACAUCAGGGUGGUGGCCUCUGUUGCAUAUCCUUGGAAAAUAGUUAAUCGCCCCAAAAUUCGUUUGCCACGUUUCCUGAGGCAGCGUCAUGUGAAAAAUGUUGGAGAGAAAGUCAACCUUGUUAUUCCCUUCAGUGGCAAACCGCAACCUGUUGUGUCAUGGACAAAGGACGACCAGCCUCUGGAUACUAAAAAGGUGAACAUCCGCAACAGCGACAAGGACAGCAUCUUCUUCAUCCGUGCCGCCGAGAGAGCCGACUCUGGCGUGUAUGAGAUGUGUGUGAAAGUGGACAGCUUUGAGGACAAAACCCAGUUGACUCUGCAGAUUGUUGAGUUGCCUGGACCUCCAGCCAGCGUCAAGAUCGUGGACUCCUGGGGUUUCAAUGUUGCUCUGGAAUGGACCGAACCCAAGGAUAAUGGAAACACAGCAAUCACCGGAUACACCAUCCAGAAGGCUGACAAAAAAACAGGGGACUGGUUCACAGUACUGGAGCAUUAUCACAGAAUGAAUGCCACUGUUUCAGACCUGAUCAUGGGUAACACCUACAUCUUCAGGGUCUUCACUGAGAACAAGUGUGGAAUCAGUGAAGAAGCCACUGCUACAAAGACCUCAGCCACCAUCCAGAAGACAGGCAUUGACUACAAGCCUCCAGAGUACAAGGAACACGACUUCAGCGAGGCACCCAAAUUCACCACCCCCCUGGCAAACCGCAGCACUACUGUUGGCUAUAACACCAAGCUGCUUUGCUCCGUUAGGGGAUUCCCUAAGCCCAAGAUCGAGUGGAUGAAGAAUCAGAUGAUUAUUGGUGACGACCCCAAGUUCAGGCAAAUCAACAACCAGGGCAUCUGCUCCCUAGAGAUCCGCAAGCCCAGCAACUUUGACGGUGGCGUCUACACCUGCAGGGCCAGGAACGCGCACGGAGAGGCCUUGGUUACCUGCAAACUGGAGGUUAAACAGCCUGUGAUUGCUGAUGCUGAUAAGAAAUAAGCUCAACACCCACAUUCAUACAGUCCCAAAUAAGGCACAGAAAAUGUGGGAUCCCUCUCAAAAGGAUUGUGAAGACGUCUUUUGCUGAUGAGAAAAAAAAAACAUGUACAUAUGAAAUAAAAAUAUAUAUAAAAAUAGACAUUUUCCUCUUUUUUCAUAAUUGAAUGCUUGGCCUCAGAAUUAUGAAAAAGCACAUAUAUUUAUUAUAUGGCCAUUGACAUGAGCAGCUGCCUGUGACAUGUAUCCAUUCUUGUCUGUGUAUCGCCACACAUACUCGUCCCUGACUGAGUCCAGUGAUGUAACUCGGAUCAAGUCCCAUCCGGACCUACAGGAGUGUUUGUUCAAUUAAACGAUAGCCUUUCACCCA